CAACUACUCACUUCUUCAAGAGGUAUCCACAGUACUUCAGGGAAAACAAUGGCGCUGUCAAAGCUCAACCAAGCUACUAAGAGUUUCACCAAAGCACAGGAUUACAGAAAUGACAUCAUGCUGCUGAUGCAGCCCUAUGCUAACUGGGAGCAGUAUCUAUUGCCGGCACCCGUCUCCAUCGAUUUACUGGCUCAGCUGGUACGCAUUUCUGCUGCAGAUGACUUCUCCAUCAAUAAAAAUCCACCAAAAGACGGGUUCAAAUUCAUCAGAUACCCCAAUUCUUUUAGGGCCUGCCUCUUUCAAGUAUGUAAUGGUUGCUGGCAAGCCUUUAAUGUUGCUCACAAGAACAUGGACCAAAUUCGUAUGUACACCGGACAGGUUCCAGAGUACAUCAAAAACUCAGUUGGGCUCAUAAUACAGGAGGAUGAUGGUCUUGUCCAAGCCUUCUUACCAGCUGAGCUUCAGAACAUUGCGCACAUAUCAUCAGAAUGCUUAAACCUGGCCAUCAUGACUGAGAAACAAUUCUCAGAUAUCAUCAAGCUGAUGCAAGAACUGGUGGAGGCUUUGGUGAAUGCAAGACAGAGUCAUGAUGAGGAGAUGGAAGAAAUCAAGAAAAACAUUGAGAUAGCAAAGAUUAAACGGGCUGAAGCUAAGGAGGCAAGCGACAGGGCCGAGGCUGCUUUCAAUCUGGCUAAUGAAAGAUUAGCUGAGGACAGAAGGGCCUACCAGCAAGCAAUGAAAGAUUUGCCAAGUGGAUGGGGCCUUUUUGGCCUGAAGCUAAUAUCAAGUAUGUCAGAGCAAGCAAUAUCAAUAGCCUGUGCGUUUGCAACAGAAUUUCUUCCAGGACAAAUUAUCCAAACCUAUCUCCAAGCGGACACUAUUACACCAAAAGCCAUAACACAUGUGAUCAAAAACUUAAAAGGCACUCCUGAAAGCCACAGAAACAUGGCCACUGGAAUGAAGAGUAACGUGGAUGAAAUGUUGGCAACAAGUAACAUAUUUUCUAAAUCUAUAACAUUUCUACUAGUGGUUGAGAAAAUGGAAGAACUUUGCAAAGGUAAGGAAAUAAAUUGGCCUGAGGUGUAUGAUCAGGAGAAGCAAACGGUAAAGUCUGAUUACUUGGUGGGACUAUUUCAGCAAGUCAGCAGAGAUAUACAGCAAGAAGCUGAAUGCCCAAUUAAAUCCGAGGCACUAGGCAUCUGUGACAAGGCUAUCUCCACUUUAACAGAGCUAGGUAAAUAUGCUCCAGAGGGGAAAUGUGAUGAUGCCAAAACAGAGGAGCUUAUUAAAGCCAUUGACGAACUGAAUGUAAGGGCCAUGGCCUUUUAUUCCAAAGGCAAGUCUUUUACAAAUCAGCCAUCUUUCUCGACAACGCCCCCCAAGUCAAGUCAACAGCAAAUCUAUGACUCGGCAAAUACAGAUGUGGUCCAGAUGCACUUAAGACAAUCUCAUCUACGUCUACAAAUGGCUGAAACCCAGCUAAAAAUUGCAAAUGAACGGAACGAGAAGACUAUGGACAACUUGGAUCAGAAGAAAAAAGCUCUUGCUGAAAUUGUGAGUGAUCUGAAACAUUAUAAUCUCAAGGAGAUCGACUUCAACAAGAGAAUUGUGGUGCUAGCGAAAGGCCUGGAAAUCAUGGGGCAGGUGAAAGAACAGUGGGAGAAACUGGUGCACUUCUUUCAGAUCAUUUCAAACAUUGUUAAGACCACUCUUAGUGAAAAUCUUAAAAAUUUUAAGCAGACCGUUGAAAUAGCUGUAGAGAACAGCUACACCUACAGCAUGUUUGUCAAAGACAAAAUCUACACUAAUGCUCUGAAUGCUUCUGCCUACGCCUAUUUGGUUAACAUGAUGUCUACCACUUACACUGAGGUGUCUGUCCAGUACCUGAUGAACAAUGUCAGUACUCUGGGAAGACUGAUGACCAUGGAUCCAAACUCACCUCAGUUCCUUGCAGAGAUUGACAAGUUAGGGAUGGAAUGCGAAUCUGCCCAAAAUGGUAUCAACAGCCUUGCAGCAAAAAACAGGAAGGAGUUUCACAACAGAUGUGAAGAAAGAAUAACUCAAAUCAAGACAAUCCUUACCCCAGCACUGGCCCCACUGAGUGAAAAGGACAAUCUCAAUCUGAAGAAGGCAAUAGAUGCAAUGAAGGAACCAAUUCAGAAGGUGGAGGAAGAAAAACCAGCAACUGAGAUGAAGGCUAUAACUGAGGAUGAUGCUGACCAAUAUGCAUAA